GCUCAUUCAGAACCUUCCUUGUGAAGGCAAUUUUAAUAAUAAUAUUGUCAUUCUUUCAGAUUUCUUAGUGAAUCUUCGUCAUAAUCAAAGAAUUCAUGAUGUUGACAACAGACAAAAGUAAUCAAUUCAGGAAGAAUUACUACUGAAGAAAAAGACAGGAUAAAGGAACUUUGGAUGUUAAGCAGACAUAAACUUUUAAACUUAUGGAACUUUCCAUUCAGAAGAAAUGCUGUGGCCCUUCUCUUGACCCACAGCAAACGGUGCACAAUAAACUGCGUAGCUGAAGAAAUUACAGACUCCUCACAAAUGAGAGACAUUCAAGGCUGCAUAGUCUCCAGCUGAAGGAAAAUAACCAACAGCUUCUCCGCAGUGUAGAUUGGAAGAAGGGGAAGAUGAACCUCACAAACUGUACCACAGAAGCCAGCACCACUGUAAGACCCAAGACCAUCACAGAGAAGAUGUUUAUUUGCCUGACUCUGGUGAUUAUCACCACCCUGACCAUGUUGCUGAACUCGGCUGUGAUUGUGGCCAUCUGCACCACCAAGAAACUCCAUCAGCCUGCAAACUAUCUAAUCUGCUCUCUGGCGGUGACAGACCUCCUGGUGGCAGUGCUGGUCAUGCCCCUGAGCAUCAUGUACAUUGUCAUGGACAGCUGGAAGCUUGGGUACUUCGUCUGUGAGGUGUGGCUGAGUGUGGACAUGACCUGCUGCACCUGUUCCAUCCUCCAUCUCUGUGUGAUUGCCCUGGACAGGUACUGGGCCAUCACCAAUGCUAUUGAAUAUGCCAGGAAGAGGACAGCCAAGCGGGCUGGACUGAUGAUCCUCACCGUCUGGACCAUCUCUAUCUUCAUCUCCAUGCCCCCUCUGUUUUGGAGGAGCCACCGCCAACUCAGCCCACCCCCCAGUCAGUGCACCAUCCAGCAUGACCAUGUCAUCUACACCAUUUACUCCACACUUGGGGCAUUUUAUAUCCCCUUGACUUUGAUCCUGAUUCUCUAUUACCGCAUUUACCAUGCGGCCAAGAGUCUUUACCAGAAAAGGGGAUCGAGCCGGCACUUAAGCAACAGAAGCACAGACAGUCAGAAUUCUUUUGCAAGUUGCAAACUUACACAGACUUUCUGCGUGUCUGACUUCUCCACCUCAGACCCUACCACAGAGUUUGAAAAGAUCCACACCUCCAUCAGGAUCCCUCCCUUCGACAAUGAUCUAGAUCACCCAGGGGAACGCCAGCAAAUCUCUAGCACCAGAGAACGCAAGGCAGCUCGCAUCCUGGGACUGAUUUUGGGUGCAUUCAUUUUGUCUUGGCUGCCAUUCUUCAUCAAAGAGUUGAUUGUAGGUCUGAGCAUCUACACUGUGUCCUCUGAAGUGGCUGAUUUUUUGACAUGGCUUGGCUAUGUUAAUUCUCUGAUCAACCCUCUGUUGUACACGAGUUUUAAUGAAGACUUUAAGCUGGCUUUUAAAAAGCUCAUUAGGUGCCGAGAGCAUACUUAGAUUGUAAAAAACCCAAAAGUGUGACUUUUACCAUAGCUCAUGAGUGAACGGGGGUACGGGGUACAGCUUACUAAUUCUUGAACAUACUUGGUUCAGGAGAGUUUGUAAGUAUAUGUGGUCUUGUUUGGUUGGUUUCUUUUUCUUUUUUUCUUUUGUUAUUUGGUGUGCUGUUUUCUACCUCUGGUCUUAUUUGUGGUACCUCAUUUCAAAUAAACAUUAUCAUAUAAAAACAGAAAUUAUAUAGAAAUAAUAAUAAAGUGAAAUAGUAGGUACUUUUUGUAUAUUUUCUCUAGCCAUUUCAGGUAAUCCUGCAAUUAAAGAAUGCCCCCAUAAAUUUAUUUGCAGAAUUUCUUACUGCUUGUAAAUCAAAUAUCUGAUAACUUGCCCUCAUGUGGCAUUAAAUCUGAGGUUAUAGCUCUAUGUGCAUACAUAUUCCAGCAAGAAUUGCAUGAAUACACAAAGAAUAAAAAGAAAGUGGCAUUUUGUCAUCUGUUCUUGGAGACCUGAGCUAAAAUCAUUUACUGUGACUACAUAGCCUACUCUUUCCAGGCACAAAUAGUACAUCUGGCAUGUUCUCUUUGGUUCAUAAUUAAAUAGGUUUUCUUGUUCUCUAAAAAAGAACAUGCAAUGAUUGCCCUCGCACUUUCUUAACCCCUUUACUAUGAAUAUGAAACAUAAGCAAAUAAGAAAAAUCAUCUAAAUCUACUUUGGUCAAUGCAUUGCAGACAGACAAAUUAGGCCUUCUCCCAAUCCAAAAUGUAUUCCAGGUGAGCCUCCCAUACACCCUCUCACUCUAGCAUGAUUCAGGUACAUGUCAAGUUUGGGGAACUUUUGGAGAAGCUUAACGCAGUGAUCAAAUGAGAGAAUAUAUUAUUUGAAGAAUUUUGUUGGAGAAUGUUACUCCAAAUUUAAAUUACUCAAUUGAGCACUUGGAAAGAGAUAAAAAGUUGAAAAUCUGUUUGCAACAAAGGCCACCAAUUAGGAAAUGAGCAAAAAAUUUUGUCUCCCAGAAUCUCUGUGGCUUCCACGAUAGACUGCACCCUGGAACCAGGAAAGUGCAAGUGGACCUGAAGCCAUAGACAGAGUGGGCUGCCUCAGCACCCCUGAGCUAGAGUGACUGUUCUAGUCUUAUGGAGGAGCUCACCACUACAAGGUCAAGAGUGAUGACAGGAGGACAGAAAACCUGCAAAUUCUUGUAUACGGCUCCUUGCCUCUCAUUAAGGGCCUCUCCCAUUUCUUCACUCUUCUGAAUUACUGAGAAGGCAUGGGUUUGCCUCCUUACCACUUCCAUUUAGCCCUUGAAUCUAUCCCCUCUCAACUUUUCUGUAAUCUUGCUCCUUUCCAUUCCCCUGUUCUCCCUCCCCCCUCCUCUCCCAUCCCACCCUUUUCUUCUGCUACUCUUUUUUGUUGUCAUCUAUUAACUUUGCUUAAGUCUUUUGAUAUGAAUAUCAACUUUCUCUGGCCCUUCAUCCCCAUCAAUCUCCGGCUUC